CAGCACGCUGGGCGGAGAAAACCUCUAGGGUGACAAAUAGGCGUUUCUAGAUCGCGUGACACAAGGAAAUAAAAAGGAGGCUGUUUGCUGGCGUUUCUCAAGCUGACGGAUUCUCUCUAAGAGUCUUACAAAAAAGGAGAACAUGGAUGCCCGCAGUGGUUUCAUCGUUGUGCUCUGCUUGGUGGGUUUAAGCUGCGCUGUGCCGGUCAAAUACCUUGAUUGUGGCUCCGCUUCUGGUAAAGUCGCCAUAGUGGACAUAAAUCCCUGCCCUGCUCAACCCUGCCAGCUCCACAAAGGAGAUUCCUACACUGUCAACGUGACGUUCAGCAGCGGUGUGGCGAGCCAGACCAGCACAGCUGUGGUCCACGGUAUCAUCGCUGGCGUUCCCAUCCCCUUCAGCAUUCCCAUUGGAGACGGCUGCAAGUCUGGAAUCCAGUGUCCCAUCCAGAACCAGCAGACGUACUACUAUCAGGCCACAUUACCUGUGAAAAAAGACUACCCUUCACUGAAGCUGGUUGUGGAGUGGGAACUGAGAGACGACGAUAAAAAAGACCUGUUCUGCAUCAAGUUUCCAGUCCAGCUCAUUGAUUAAUGACAGACUCGCACAGAUACCUCAGACAAGUAUUUCUCUCUUUUUUUUUUUAAUGGAUUUAACUGAGUAACAGCAACACAAAGAAAGCCACUAGCUCCUAUUUUAAUGAAUUAUUAAAUUGAUUUUUAAGAUGUCUUAAUGACUUCACUGCACAUGCACCCUAAAUCCUCAAACAUUAGGCACGUGUUUUAACAUCGUAGUUUUAAAGAUGUCAAAUCUAGUUAACCGUUGUGUGAAUGACCGCUGCAUUCCAUCACAGCACUGGUUGUAAUCUUUCCUGGCUGCUGUGUAGUCAGAAGAGCUGCAGGCUGUACAAUUUGUUUGUUUGUGUUUUUUAUGUCUUAUUUUGUGUAACCACAUUUCUGGAAUUUCAUAUUGUAAACAUUAAUAAAAGUCAGUCCUUUAAGAAACUUUGUAUAUUUCUGAUGUUUAAGUUGUUUCUGUAAGUGGCGACUGAACGUGUCUUAAAAGGGAUUAACUCUGACGGGUUAAAACAGCCAAGCUCAGACUCGGUUCAAAGCACAACGACGAAUACUAAAAUUAUUGGAGAACGUCUUGUGUUCAGGCUGCAGAGUGAGAAAAACCACCAGACAGGAUUUGAUUUAUUGGUUAUUGAAUGGCGCUUUAGCCAAACCACAGCGUGGACUUUAAGCGCCAGAGAGUUGAGCGAUGACCAUAUGAAAGUUUCUGUGUUGUAUUUUCAGUUGAUGAAUGGUGAAUUCAGAGCAAAUUAAUGAGAACAUGGAUUAAAACACGCUGUGCCUCUACUGUAAAGUGUAAUGAAAGAUGGUUUAACAAAAUGUAAACUGUAAAUAUCAUUCUGAAACAGGAUAUUCGUAACAAUCACCAGAAAUAUAAGGGUCGAGUUAACAGUGAGGAAGGAAAGAAGCUCAGUGCAGUUCCCCCAACAGCAGCUUCAAUAGGAAAUGGUCCAUAGUGUUCAGAACCAGCUCCAUCUGUAAGCCUUGUUCAAUAGAAAGGUCGUAAGUCUAACCAUGAAAGUAGAGACUCCGAAAUGGAACUGGGUUUUUUUAGGCACAAAUAGGAAGUGAAACAUCUUUUUAUGUCCUUAACAUAUAGACAAAUAUUACCAGUACCUAUUUAGUGAGGUGAAGAAUUAGACGUUCAUGAAAACUGUCACCAGAAUCCAAAGUCUGUAUUUGACUGAAUAGAAAUCUUCUGGAAGUCUGUUUGGACUCUUACAGAACUCGAAACUGGACAAACUGUGAUUAAGCGAGACGUGCCAAGAUGUGGAAAUACCGAAAAUCUGCAGUGAAAGUGAAACUGAAAGUACUUUUCAUUUAACCUAAUAUACAAUGUAAGAGAUUUAAUUUGGUUCGCUUUUAUUAUUGAAUGUCUACAUCUGAAAUAUGAAAAAAUAAAGUUAAACUAGAAAAAAAAUAAGAAUUUUCUCAGUUAAAUAAUAGACUUAACGCAAAUAUUGAUUCAAACUGUGGAUGUUGUCCUGAAAGUAUCCCAUUUGUUGUGAGUUGUUGUAAAGCAGGAAUGAAAUGAGGGUGAAACAGGAAUGGAGUCAGUCGUCUGUUAUCAGGAUUAAACUCAGUAGCUUUACAACCAAUAUAAUGUACUUACUGGCACCUUAUUUUAUGGUUUAAAUCAAGUGGAAGCAAC